AUGGCUAGAGAUCCAAACACAACUGCCUCAAGCAUGCCUUCAUCAUCAGAAUUGGUCAUUAAUAUGGUUUUGGUAGGUCGUAUUGGAAACGGGAAAAGCUCCUCCGGGAACUCCAUCCUAGGAAAAAAAGUGUUCAAGACGAAAAGACAAGUAAUGCCUGUUACCUUCAAAUGUGAGAUGUAUAGUGCUGCGUUACAAGAUGGCCCAACAAUCAAUGUCGUUGACAGUCCUGGUAGCAAAAUCAAAAAUGAACGAAUGGUAGAAUUUUAA